AGACUCAGGAAAGAAUCAGAAAAGAAAGAGGAAGACUGGAAUAUAGUUGAUGAAGUUUUUGGACAUCAACCUAUCAAUAACGCUCAACUUCCACAAGCCCUAGAGUUAACGCUGGAAAUUUUAGAAGAUUUUACAAGCAACAAAGAAGAAAUAGAAGAAGCAAAGCUGAUUAUUUACCUAUCUCCAAACAGAAUCAGAAGUGAUUAUGAUGAUCAAGGCAAUGGAGCGAUCGAAGAUAAUGAAAUUAUGAAAAAAGCAAAAAAGUUUAAUACAAAAGUGAAAAAUGUGCUGAACGAAAUUGAAAUUAAACUCAACGAUAAAAAGAUUGAUACAUCGGCAUACGAUUAUGAAAGAUUUACUGAUAUAAGCCACUCUAAUGAAACGUAUAAUUACGGAUAUGAUAGAAAUAGAUUCGAAGUUGAAAGAGAAAUUAAUGAAGGCUUGACACCUGAUAACGAUAUUUCAUUGAAGAAUAAAGAAUCUACAUGUGAAAGAUAUUCGGUGGAUGAACCUAAAAGGAUGAUCAAGAACGACAUAAGCAAAAUGGAAAAGAACCUAUACCUAAAUGGUUCAAAUGAGUUUCAACAACCUGCUGAUAUGAAUCAUAAUCUUGAUCACAGUUACAAUAAUGGAAUUAGGAUCGAAUAUGAUAAAACCAAAGCAUUCUUGAAUAAGUUAGCAUGUAGAAUUAGUUCUUACACAUUUGAUCCUGGAAAACUGAGAUUGUUCGUGGAAUGA